AUGGGAAGGCACCAGAAAUCAAGCAGCUGCCAAAAAGGCAAGAAAAGGGCAACCCAGCAAACCCUUAUCCAGGAUUCAAUCCAAACGGCUUCAGUGGCAACUGUGACAACUGGGUCUCCGUUUACGAAAGAACAGCUGGAGGAGCAGCUCUUAAAAACCAUUACUGGCCUGCGCCUGCCUUUUCAGGUGGUGGAAGAUGUUGCAUUCCAGCAAUUGCUAAAUCUGGUCCAUUCUGGAUCCCCCCGCUUGGAGCUCCCAUCUGCAAAAACACUCCGUCGACGAUUGCGUGAUGCUGUGAUUGAACAACAUAUGUCUCAAUUGAAGGACUUGCCAGAGGAUGCCAAGGUAUCACUUGCCUUGGACUGCUGGACCAGCCCGUUCCAACAGGCAUUCAUGGCGAUAACAGCAUAUUUUAUUGAUAGCGGGUGGAACUACCGCGAGCUUCUUCUCGGCUUUGAACCUCUGCAUGGCCCUCACUCAGGGACUAAUCUGAGUGACGUGUUACUUCAGCUAUUAAAGGAACGAAACCUUUUGAAUCGAAUAUUUACCGUGACCACAGAUAACGCAACCAACAAUGAUACUUUGAUUCGAGGGCUGCAGGAUGUGUUGCUUUCUACUGGCGCCAUUAGCUCUCGAGACUCUAUCGUUCGUGUUCCUUGCAUGGCCCAUGUCAUCCAGCUUUGUCUCAAGCAGCUUUUGGGACAUAUCAGGGCAGCACCUAGAAAUGAGGAAGUGGGAAUAUCAUGGUCAGACUCUCAAGUUAGUUUUCUGCGGGACUCAGUGGAAUGUGGUGAUGUUGCCCAUACACUUGCGAAGAUCCGGUCGCUCGCAGUGUUCGUGAAUGCUAGUCCUCAACGACGGGAUGCAUUUACCUCCCUUCAGCCUGUCCAUGAGCGGCUUUUCCCGAUCCAGGAUGUUCAGACACGCUGGAAUUCUACAUUUUUAAUGCUUCGACGGGCGCGGAAACUGCGGAUUUGUUUUGACAGAUAUUGCAGUGAUCACGACUACACACAGUUCAAAAUCAGUGAUGUUGAGUGGCGGCAGAUCGACUAUCUUCUCCAACUCACAAAGCCGUUCUUUCAGUUCACAAUGGCCCUCAUGAAAACAAAGGAUAUAACAAUCCAUAGCGUCUUCCUUGUAUAUAGGAAGCUCCUGGAACAUAUUAAGAAGUCAACCCAGAGUUUGAACAAGAAGAAGAUGCCAUGGAAGAGGGCGAUGUAUGAUGCUUUACUCGCGGCAAAACAAAAGCUAAGAGACUAUUAUGACAAAACAUACCGCGAUCAUGGAUUCCUGUAUGCCACAGGGACAAUGCUCGCACCCCAAUACAAACUCUCGGCUUUUGGUGACACGGAAUACUCUAAAUGCCAUAGUGAGACCUCACGGCACUAUCAGGGAUACCUAAGGAAGGGCUUUCUUCAAUACCAACAGCAGAUUCCUGAUUUGUCCUUCUGUCCUACAAGGUAUCAUGCCCCGCAGCAAGUAUCGGAGUUAGACAUGCUGCUUGGACCGUCAAGCAGCUCUUUGCCCAGCAGCGGAGACCAACAGGACGAGGUGGACCGAUAUCUUCAAGAAGGGAUUGUUCCGCUCCCGCCAAGAGCUUACUGGAAAGAUCAUGAACAUGACUAUCCUGUCCUCUCCCGUCUUGCACGCGAUUUACUAUCUGUGCCAGCCACUGGCGCGGGGGUUGAACGACUCUUCAACAGCGCUAGAGACAUCUGCCACUAUCGCCGUGGCUCUCUCAACGAAAAGACAAUUCAAGACCUGAUGAUGUUUAUGUGUUCUCAGAAGUUUACUUUGGAUAAUAAGCAGUUCAGCUACCGUGGAAAUAUACUAGCAGAGGAAGACAAUCAAGUGACACGUGAAGUGGAAUCUGCUCUUAAAGCAACAGAGGAUGAGUUCGACCCCAUCAGUGAUUGUGAAGAGGAUGCGGCGGAAGAGGACAACCCCCAGGCUAUAGAAAUAGACGAAGAGAGUGAGGUCGAGAGUGAGCCAGAGACUUCUAGGAUGGGUGGGAUACUAAUGAAUAUUCCUGAAGAGCCGGAGGAAGAUGUUGAACUUCCUCAACUCCCGACUCCUAUUAUUCAACUCAGUGAGAGAUCCCAAAAGCGAUCAUCAGGAAGGGUUACAAUGCCAUCCAGCAGAUUAGAAGGAUAUGAAAUAUACUAG